CACAGAGCCCCACGGAGCGGUCCCGGGGCUGGGUCUGGGCUGGCCGGGCAGGUGGCUCUGCCCGGGAAGGGGAGGAGGCUGGCGGCGCUCCCAGCCCGCCGCAUCCCUCCCUCCCUCGGUCCCUCCCCGCCGGCAGCGAUGCUCGCUCAGUCCCGCUCAGCCUGGCAGCACGGAGGGCACGGAGGGCACACGAGGCCAUGGAGCGCACGAACGGCACGGAGCCGUGGCAGCGCAGCCUGCAGGCCGUGCUGAGCGCCCUGAACCGGAGCCUGCACGGGGCCGGGCCGUGCCCGGGGCAGCCCCCGGCCUCGCCGGUGCCCCGGGACCCGCGGCGCGACGCCAACGCCUACAUGUACAUCCUGUUCGUCAUGACGCUCUUCGCCGCCACCGUGGGCAGCCUCAUCCUGGGCUACACCCGCUCCCGCCGCGUGGACAAGCGCAGCGACCCCUACCACGUCUACAUCAAGAACAGGGUCUCCAUGAUCUGAGCCGGGAGCGCCGGGCCCGGGGGCACCGUGCCGGGCACGCCUCGGAGCUGGGAGAUGCGGCGGGGCUGCUGGAACCCCCCGGAGCUGCUGGGAACACCCCAAAACUGCUGAGAACCCCAUGGAGCUGCUUGGAACAUCAUAGAGCUGCUGGGAACCCCCCAAAGCUGCUGGGAACCCCUUGGAGCUGCUGAGAACCCCAUAGAGCUGCUCGGAACCCCAUGAAGCUGAUGGGAACCCCAUAGAACUGCUGGGAUCCCCAUGGAGCUGCUGGGAUCUCCAUAAAACUGCUGAGAACCCCAUGGACCUGCUGAGAAUCCCCCAAGGCUGCUGAGAACCCCAUAGAGCUGCUGGAACCCCGCAAAGCUGGGAGAAUGUGACCUGCAAGCAGGUGCUGGUCCUGCAGCCCCACCUGGGCUCCAGCAGUGUCCAGGGGUGCUCCUGGUGCUGAAUCCCUGCGGUGUCCGAGCUGGGCUGGCCCUGCUGCCCUGCGGGGAAUUAAAGGAGCUGCUGGGGUC